CUUUCCGAGAGACGGCGAGGGACCGAAUGGUUAGGAAAUGCUACCUCGGCUGCAGCCACCCCAGCAAUGGCACUGAUGCUACCAGACUGAGCACCGAACAGCCCUGACACACCCUCCUCCCCAUCCUCCCCGACCCAAAGAGGUGGGCCAUGCACAGCCUAUCCAGAGAGGGGUCCCCAGUGCAGGAGCCUGAGCCCUGCGCUCGCCCACUGUCCCAGGCUCGUGUUUACCUGGAGCAGAUCCGGAGCAGAGUGAACCCUAGUGCCCAGGAAGGCCAGCCGGCCACUCGAAGCACAGCCACCAAGCGCGACUACCUGGUCGAUGCCGCAAAACAGAUCCGCUUAGCCCUGGACAGGGAGGUGAACGAGGAUUACCAGGCAGCGUUUAACUAUUACAAGAAUGGCGUGGACCUGCUCUUGAAGGGAGUGCAAGUCGACCCCAACAAAGAACGGCGUGAAGCAGUGAAGCGGAAAACAACUCAAUAUCUAAAGCGAGCAGAGGAGAUAUUCAACUCUCACUUACAGGAGAACGGUGCCGAUCAUACUGGGGGUUUCAGCAGUCUGAGGUUUCGACCGAUUCGAAUUCUCAGCUCCCCGGUGGAGAAUCUAAAAAUGUCCAAGGUCAUUGCAGUCAUUGACAAGGUGUUGUUGGUGCAGAACCCAUCCAGCAAUGAAACUUUCAUAGUCAAGAGCCUCUCCAAAUGCAGCUUGGUGAAUCGAGAGCGGCAGACCAUAAUCCCACAGGGCGUGCCCUUUAUGGUGCGACUCCUGCAGUUCUAUGUCAGCGACGAUGCCGUUUUCCUUCACCUGGAGCACGUCGCAGGAGGGAAGCUCUGGUCUCAGCUGCGGCACCUCCGGGCCCCGGGUCUGGAGAGAGUUAUGGAAUUUCCCGAAUGUUCCAGUCCACAUCACAAGACCAUUAAACUGAAGAACAGCUACACUGCACCCACUCUCGCACUACUGUGCAAUGACCACUCUGCCCUCACCGCCCACACACACAGUGAACAGCCAGGCAAGCCCCAGAAUAAGGAUAACCUAGAACACAACACAGAGUGCGGACACACAGGUGCUGGCACCAGUGACCCAGAGUCGUGGAUUAAACCAGGACAAGUGGAAGAUCAACCGGCUUUCCUAGAAAAUGGUACAGACCACUGUUGGGAUGAGAGAGGGAACAAAGUGAAUUUUUGGCAAGGAUGUAAUGGAAUUUCAAAGGCUUUGAAUGGUCUGAAGGGACGUGAUGAGGUGACAGCUUCACAAGUGGUGCUUACAGGUCCUGUAACCUUUGACAUAGCUGGGUUGUUUUCAGAGAAGGAUGCAGAGUUAACUCAAAGUGCCGAAACCACCAACCACAAGAUGGCAAUACAUGCGGAUGGUGUGGUGCAAAAAGACCUUCAAUGUGAAAGGAACCAACUCCUCUAUGAGAGUAAAAUUUUAAGGUUCCACGAUUGUUUUUCAGAGAGCGAUGGCUCCAGAUCCAAAUUAGCAAAAUCUCAUGAAAGCCAACUGAAAGAAAGAGCUUCAUUGGUUGAUGAUGAGUCUCGGCGAGGAACCAGCCCAAUCAAAAGCCCUGUUAGAGCUACCAGCUUGAAUCUGAAAGCUAACGUGAAGCAAGGACGAAAGGGUUUGUACCAAAUUACGGUUAAUCCCCUGGAAACCAUCGAGAAUAAUAGAAAGGUCAACCAGGUUCUGGAUAGCUCUGAUGUGAUUCUUGUAGGAUCAUCGUCUGCAAUAUCCAUCAGAAACACGGCUGUCACUGUCUUAGGGAAGAGCCAGUCUGAGCAGAAGACUUCAGUGAGUGUGCUCAACACUGUUCAGCAACCCUCCGUAGAACUGAGAUCUUCCACUUUAACCAUCGUUGAGCCUCUGAGAAAGUCAAAGCUGAAAGGUCUUUCAACUGAGGAGGACCUGGAUUUUGAAGAUGUCAGUCAUUUGAGAACCAACUCUCAAUUUGAUGUUUUAAACCAGGUUCCAGUCUCACACGUUCACUCUGAUCAGAAGGUAACAGAUUCUAGAGCGGUUUCAGGUAAAGACUUUGAGCUUUGCAGAACUGCGAGUGGGAGUGUCCCAGUGCCUUCAGAUUCCCACACAGUGGAGGGCGGUCAGUCUUCAUUACCUUCUCCAUUUACCUGCCCAAAUAAUGAGCUGCCUGCCUUUGGCCAGGCCUCCACAGGACUUUCGGACGAUCAAAUUAGAGUAUGGGUGGCCGAGCUGGUCCUUGCCUUAGAAAGCCUACAUCAACAGGGAAUUGUGUGUCAGGAUCUAAACCCAAGAAAUGUACUUCUGGAUAGUUCAGGUCACGUUUGUCUGACUUACUUUGGUCAAUGGAGUGAAGUUGAGGUUCAAUGUAGCAGUAAAGCCGUGGAGGAUAUGUACUGUGCACCAGAGGUUGGUGGUAUUUUGGAAGUAACGGAAGUGUGUGAUUGGUGGAGCCUUGGGGCCCUGUUGUUUGAGCUGCUCACUGGGAUGACCCUGGCUCAAUGUUAUCCCUCCAGAAUCCAACCUCACACCCAACUCCGGCUCCCAGAUCACCUCAGUCCUGCAGCAGCAUCGCUCGUACGACAGCUAUUGAAGUGGGAUUGUCGCUGGCGGCUUGGCUCGGGAGAAAAUGGUGUUCAAGAGAUAAAGUCUCAUCCUUUCUUUAGCUCUGUGCAGUGGACCAAGCUGAAUGGUUAGAAAUAGGGUAUCCACAAGAAACACACACAGUCCAGCCCACAGACUACCAACAGUUGGGAUAAUGAAGGACUGGACCAAGUAGCUUGGGAAGCAUUGUGUGCCUCAGCCUGCUGAGCCAACACUCACAGCAGCCAAGUGCCACAGAACAGGACACACACCAGGACCAAACAUAGCCAAGCUUGAAAAUGGCACCUGUUUGUGUUUAAGCCAUUUGGAGCUGAUCAUAAAAUUUGAACUGAGAGCUAACUUGAGAACAACCCAGCUCACAGAGGUGGGCAGAAUCACACUUUCACAGCACAGAAAGAGAGCAGUCCGACCAAACACCUGCACUCCAUCCCUUAAAAGGGAUUGGAGCCACAUGCAUAUUAAUUGCAAUCUGGAUUUAAUUACUCCCCACUCCCUCCCUCUGUUCUUUCUUCAUUCCUUUUUAUUUUCCUUUUCAAAUAUUUGUCUAAUUCUCUUGAAAGAUAUCACAGAUUGUCCUUCAGUUGGGUUUUUGGUAGGAUAUAUAUAUAUAUUUAUUUAUAUAUAAAGUCUUAAUAAGCUUUAGUGUAAAUUAGUUUUCCUUUAUUUGGAAAGA